AUUUUCAUAUCCAUUGUUUUUACAGACAGAGUGCCUCAAUGCUGGUCGUUCCCGUUUUUGUUUUGUUUUUACUAUUUUUCGCUUGACAACUUUUUCGGGGUCGUGUCGUUACCGUUCUGAAUAGCACACCGAGUUUUUUUCCAGAAUUUUUCUACUUUGGAUACAUUUACAAAGGAUUUUCGUAUUUCAUUAAGGUAGAUAGAGAGAUGUCAAUAAACUUUAAGCCAAGGUGUGCCGAUUUGUAAUCCGUGAAAGUGAAAAUCAAGUUACCGAAUAUUUUUGCGACCCGUUUGGAGGGUUUGGAAUAGGAUAACUCAUCCAUUGAGUCAGCUAUGAUUUAAUUUUCAAGGAUGACCUGAGACCUGCCUGUCAGAUUGCACCUUUCAAAUUCAGAUAUCAUUUUUUGAGAUAAAGAACCGCUGCCAACCACUUAGAAAGGCCGAAUGAAAUCCGAGCACAUUCAUUCGCAUAGAGCCUCGCCUCCGUCCGACGAUGCGCCGCCCCUCGCCACGCCCCCAUCCGCACCCAGCUGAUCCUCGGUAAUACGAGCGCGACGCGACGUCGUCAUGUCGACGGACAUGCGCCCGCCGAACGUUUCGGUCACGCCCAUCAACAUGGAGUACGGCGGCGCGCAGCCAGGCGGGGGCGUGGCCGAGCCGCCUAGGACUCGGAGCGCGCCGCACCCCGCGGCUGCCACGCCACUCGCCAACGGCGCGGACAUCGAUGCCGAACUGGCCAGGAUCGAGUUUCAGGCGGUCAAUUUGAGGAGCAAGAAGAGCAAGGCGGAGGAGCUGCCGAGGCCGAUGAGUUGGGAGGGGGAGCUGAGCGACGGCGAAAGAGACGGUAUGUGUGUGGAUGAGAGUAACGAGCCAGUUCACUUGCCCGAAAACUUGUCGGUGUCGGCGUCCAAACACAAUUCAACGUUAGAUUUAAAGGACAGUCCGGUGCUUCGACUGAAACAACCUCCAGCAAGUAGUUAUUCGUUGCAUAGUACGCCCUCUAACUCGCCUUUGUUGAACCAGAGGCAUCCUGCCACCGGAGUGCCUAUUAUUAGCCAUAAGGAUCUCAUGCACAAGGCGCUUAACGUGCCACCAACUCCCAGUCCAGACUCCGCCAUCCAUUCGGGUUAUUCCGUCUUCAGUUCGCCAAAUCAGAGCCCGCUGACGCAACGUCACGUCAACCUCACGCCCAAUCUCAGCAGGAAUAACUCGGACGCUUCUCAUUCCAGCUGUUGCAGCUAUUCCAGCGUUUCUGUAUCAGUUUCGCCUACGCAGCAGUUUUCACCCACGCAUAGUCCCAUCCAGGGUCGACAUAUCCACAAUUCCCUUCACGGUAGUCCCUUACAUCACGGCGUAUUAUAUAGGAGUCUACCCGAAGACACGCCCUCCGUCCAAUCACAGUACGAGCACGACCCUGGAGGCGGGGCCUGCGAAGAGACUGACGACAAAACAGGCCUAUUGCACGCGGCGCUACCUGCGCAACCGGGCAUUUCCAGGCAACAACUUAUUAAUAGUCCCUGUCCAAUAUGCGGUGAUAAAAUAUCAGGGUUUCAUUAUGGAAUUUUUAGUUGUGAGUCGUGUAAAGGAUUCUUUAAAAGGACAGUACAAAAUAGGAAAAAUUAUGUAUGUCUGAGGGGCGCUCAAUGUCCUGUGACUGUAGCUACAAGAAAAAAAUGUCCUGCGUGUAGGUUUGAUAAAUGUCUACAGUGCGGGAUGAAAUUAGAAGCAAUACGAGAGGAUCGUACACGAGGAGGUAGAUCAACGUAUCAGUGCUCAUACUCGCUGCCACCUUCGUUAACUACGCAGACAGAACUCAGAGCCAGCACUACUGAUUUAAGGCAAGGUCUUGGCGAACACCAUCCAGCAUUCACAGUGAAACUGGAACCUCCUGACGGAAUGUUGUCUCAACAUAAUAAGAGAAACAUUUCACCUGGUUCCAAAGGAGUCCCGCCAUUAUUGCAAGAAAUAAUGGAUGUGGAGCAUCUUUGGCACUACAACGAGAUGGAACUGAACAAGCUCAGUACUGAAGGCCAUUUGGGCAAGGAAGGAGGUAGUGGUGCCGUUCAUAACCUCACUAAUCACCCCCUGUUAGCCGGUACGGCACUGGCCGGUUCCACCGAUACCAAUCCGGAUUUUGUAGCUAAUUUGUGCAAUAUCGCCGAUCAUAGACUGUACAAGAUUGUGAAAUGGUGCAAAAGUCUUCCAUUAUUUAAGAAUAUUUCGAUCGAUGACCAAAUUUGUCUUCUCAUCAACUCCUGGUGCGAGCUGCUACUCUUUUCCUGUUGUUUUCGUUCAAUGACGUCACCUGGAGAGAUUAGAGUAUCAUUAGGGAAAAGUAUUACCUUAGCGCAGGCGCGGGAUAUGGGCAUGCAGGCCUGCAUAGAGAGAAUGUUGAAUUUUACAGAACAUCUGAGGCGACUUAAGGUGGAUCAGUAUGAAUACAUAGCCAUGAAAGUCAUCGUUCUUUUGACGUCUGAUACUUCGGAGCUACGAGAAACAGAAAAAGUUCGUGCGUCUCAAGAGCAAGCUCUUAAAGCCCUCCAAGAGUACACCCUGACGCAUUAUCCCGAGAGCCCGGCGAAGUUCGGCGAACUUCUUCUGCGAAUACCCGAACUUCAACGAACGUGUCAAGUGGGAAAAGAGAUGCUGACGAUAAAGUCCAAAGACGGAGAUGGACCCAGUUUCAAUCUGCUGAUGGAGCUCCUUAGGGGGGAUCACUGAAUGAAAACACAAACCUACAGACUUCAAUGUGCCUUAGGGUCGAAUUUUCAAAGAAGGUUCAGUUAACUGGCAGUUAGUUAUUCAAAAGUUCAAAACACAUUACACAAAUUUUACAACGUUGGGCGCCACAGAAGGUGUUUCAAUAUGGCUGACUUUAUUUCAGGUUGACCGGUUACUAGUGUAAAGUUGUUCUAUUAUUUUUUAUGUUUUUAGUCUGGAAAUGAUUGCAAGCUGCACAAGUAACUAUUUUUGAAGCUUCUUUCUGAGAUUCAAAAUAAUUUCAUUGUAAUUAAAGCUGCUCGUUAGAAUUUAAAUAAGAAAUUAUAUAAAAUAAACACUGAAAACCUCAACAAACUCAACAAAAAUUCAAAUUUGUCACAUAAGAAGUCAAUUAGAAACAUUUUUAUAACAGCCUUUGAAUAAAAAGAUUAAGGAAUGAGUAUAAUGCUAUCCAUGUAUUCAUGCAUGGUAGACGGAGGUAGGAUCCUAGGGUGGAGAUCCUUGACAGUUCUGUUUGACGAUUCAUUGGACAUAUUUGAAUUUGAUUUGAAAUUUUGUGGGUUUGUCAGUCUUUAAUGAGCUUAUAUUACUUACUCUACAACUGGUAGGUAGAGGGUUGUUUGGAGGUAGUAAAUUUAGAAGGAAAUUUUGUGGCAGAACUCAAAUUAACAGUGACACUAUUACGAUUUAUCGAAAAAGACUGUAAAAUAGUUGGUUGUGUAGCGUGCGGUAGAUCUCGGUCAAAAAUCGAGGGAAAUAAUGGAAUAACUU